CGCACCGCAAAGUUGUGGGAUCUACAGACUGGAAGUGAAGUGAGGACAUUGGGUGUGCAUCCGAACAAUGUUCAUGCUGUACGAUUCAUACCAGAUUCACAGCUGGCCAUCUCAGUGUCAAUGUAUCAGAUUCGCGUUUGGGAUUUACGAACGCAAGAAUGUGUACGGAUGCUUCAGUCGAGUGGCCAAGUAAAUGACGAUUCAUUGAAAAUUGAAGCUAUGGAAAGAGGUGAUGGAGGUCCGGCUGGAUCACGACAAAAUACGGUACCAUUCCUCGAAACCGUAGUAAAUGCUGCUGAAGUUGACCCGAAAGGUAAACUUCUGUUCACUUCAUUCGGUGGUGACGUACGAAUUUGGAAUCUCGACAAAUGGGCAUCAUUUGGACGUCUUGUGGGAGCUGUAAAUAGCCCAAGAUCGGAAGUGUCAUGUAUGGCUGUUUCUGAGGGACCUGAUGGACUGCCACAAAUCUUCACCGGUUCUAGGGAUCAUUAUGUGAAAAUGUUUCAGUGCAGCCUUGGAGGAGAAGGCGUGUACGAAUCAACUGUAGACUUUAAUCCACCACAUUACGAUAAUGUCACUUGUGUUGUGCCUUUCGGGUCUGCUCGAUAA